UCCAUGAAGCUGCAGGACUCACCCAUCCUCUCCUUCAACCGCUCACCGCAGGCAACACCCAUGGGUCCCCUCAGCAGCAACCUGCCCCUGGAGACGUGGCUCAGCCCGCCUGUGCCCAGCAGCACGGCCCUGCAGACCCUGCCCGGCUUCGUGGCCUCACCACAGAGCCUGCCCGGCAGCUACACACCACCGCCCUUCCUGAACUCUCCGGCAGUGACCCAUGCGCUGCAGCCCUUGGGGGCCAUGGGGCCACCACCGCCUUACCAGUGCGGGGCCACCUUUGUGGACAAGUUCCCGUUGGAUGAGGCAGACCCACGCAACACCAGCAUUGCCGCCUUGCGGAUGAAGGCCAAGGAGCACAUCCAGUCCAUCGGCAAACCCUGGCAGACAAUCUGA